AUGGCCACCCCGAACUACACACCCGAGCAAAUCUCGGCCCUUCGAUCCCUGCGGGACCGCCUCCGCUCCGCACAAUAUACCUGGGAAGUCCGGCAGCUGUUGAAGAACACAGCUAGCGCUACAGGACUGAAGCAACUACAGCUCGUACAAUGGCAGGAUGAGGAUAACAAUAGGAAAAACCUGCUGCAUUUCUUAGUGGAUGAGAGGCUUGAAAAAGUAGCCAUCCUCCUCAUCGAAGUCUUCUGGAGCCGAAAGGAAGAAGACCAAAAACAGCUCAUGCGUAUCAUCAGGUAUCCAAAGUGCUACAUCGAUAGUCCUGAAGGCAGCGGCGGGGAAUAUACAGUUGAGCGUCUCGCGGAAGGACGAAACUGUGAGCAGCUGGUGGACAUGAUAAGCCGGUUCCGUGAGCUGUGUCCUCAAGAUACCUCUACGGGAGAAGAAGAAGACGAAGAAGAAGAGACAGAAGAGGAGAGAGCAACGGCAAUAGAACGUAUGAGACGUCUUCAACGAAUAAGCACCCCUAUACCUCGAACUCCUUCUCCUCCUCCUCCGUCGUCAUCAAAUGGUUCUCUUCUUCCAAUUCCACUGGAACCCGCUAACUUUUCUCCACUGCAUGUGUUUACCACAACAAAGAAGAAGAAGAAGAAAACUCCUCUGCAUCCUCCUCGUGCUGCGCGACAAGUUAGUUCUAGUCCUCGCAGUACUCCUCCUCGCAGUACUCCUCCUCUAGCUAGAGGCGGUACCCCUGUAGAGAUAACAAUCUGGAGUUCUCCUCCUUCUUCUCGUGCUGCAAUACAGACGCCUAUUCUUCUACGUGACGAUGCUCACGACCAAUCUCAACCUAGUACCCCGCCGCCUUUCAUACCUUCUACUACUCCUCCUCCAGCCCCAGGGGCACCAGAUACUCCACUUUGGUAUCCCCCUUCGGAACACUCAGAGCACUCAGAGCCAGAGCCAGAGUGGGAGGAACAAAGAGUAAGAGAAAGUCAACGGAUUCAGAGCCCUUCAACACCACCGCCGCUGGGCAGUUCUGUGCCUGCCUCGUCUGAACGGACACUUGAACCUCUCACUCCGGUUCGUCUUCUUCUAGUACCUGCCAAUUUCCUCUCUCUCCCUUAUGGACCUAUGGGUUGA